AUGACUAUCGCUGAAAUAACUAUAAGACAAAAGUUCUCUUACCCCUUUUUAUUUGGCAAUGUUUUAGGUCAUCCGUGGCCAAGAAAUGUGCCAAGGAAGGAAAUUAAAAUGCUUUUAUUUCGAACCGCAAAUAAUAGUUUCCCCGGAUUUUUACUUAUUUUUACGAGAAAGCGAAGGAACUUACCAAAACAACGUGACAACGAAAUUCCCCGCACACGCGCAUUAGAAACAUAUCUACGGGUUUUCUCUGCCGCUAGAAAACAGCGCGAGGCAGAUGCCACCGCCUCGUUCUGGCGGCUCGUAACAUCUGCUUCGAGAAGCCAUUACCAUAUGUGGCCCAUCAAGCGGAUUAUCUAG